CAGCUGUCUUCCGAGUUUCAGGGCUUGGACAACCUCUUUCCACCUUUCCCUUUAAAGAGCAACAUUUCUGGUUGCGGCGCCAAGCAGAGCAAGCGGAAAGGUCUCCUGGAGGCAGCUUCGACUCUCCUCUUCUCGUUCAUUCAACCUUAGUGGGACCCUUAGUGUGAAAAGAGGCGUGAAAGCUGGCGGACGAUGAACGCCUCAGCGAUCGACCCAGGCCGCGUCCUAGGCUACAAAUUUGAGGAGAGCAGCUUUGAUUACUCAAUAAGGGACGUCAUUCUGUAUGCACUGGGAAUUGGGGCUGCAGCGUUAGAUCAGACAAACCCUGCCGAGCUUGCGUUUGUCUACGAAGGGGAGUCUGGGAGAAAUUUACAGGUGCUUCCAACCUUUGGCGUCCUCUUCCCGUCUUCACUGGUCUCAGAGCUUCUGAAGGUACCAGGCUUGCAGUUUGAUCCCAAGCUUCUUCUGCAUGGCGAGCAGUACCUAGAGGUUCUACGACCCCUUUCGUCAGAAGGCCAGAUCAAGAACACGAGUUCCGUGACGGGCCUACAUGACAAAGGCAAGGCGGCGAUGAUUGAGGUAGAGACCAGGAGUUGCGACGCCCAAACCGGGCAACUUGUCUGCAUUAACAGAUCUACCUGUGUUUUGCGGGGUGCUGGCGGCUUCAGCUCGCAUACCACAAGCCCUUCAACAUCUGGGCGUGACAGCAGCACCUCCGCAAAACCCGCUAGGAGUUCCGCUGCUUCAAAGAGCGGCAGAAAGCCAGACUUGAGCCGCACACCAGACUUUGUGCAUGAGGAACGGACUGCGCCUGACCAGGCGCUUGUGUACCGCCUCUCCGGGGAUCACAACCCCUUGCACGCCGACCCCGCGUUUGCGAAGGCUGCAGGCUUUCCCCGCCCCAUUCUCCACGGCUUGUGCUCCCUGGGCUUCGCCGUCAGGGCCGUCCUGAAGAAGUGCUGCGGAGACGACGUGUCCCUCUUCAAGAGCGUCCAAGCACGCUUUCUUUUACACGUGUUUCCUGGGGAGACGCUUGUGACAGAAAUCUGGCAGACCCCGGGCUCUACUAGUUUGACAUUCAGAACGUCUGUCAAAGAGAGGCAGAAGCCGGUGCUUUCGGGAACAAUCCGCCUGAAUCUGGCGCAUUCUCGCAUCUGACAAUUGGAAGAACUCAGUACAGUGUCGUAGUUGGUUGUGGCCUUUCACUGGUCUGUACACUAAAUGUUGCGUAAUUGGUGCGACUACCUACUUUGGCAUGGUUGAGACGCGCAUCAACCCUGAGCUACCGACACCAAGCCCUGAUCCGGACCGUUAUACAGCUUCUUCACAAGCAGGACUCAGCUCAUGGUCCAAACUGUCAGGGAGGACUCCAAUAACGCCGAGUAGUAAACUUAGAACAAGCUCGAUCACGGAAUAACCAGUGCUUUGGAGGUUACAAGCAUAGCAGUCCAUUGAACGAUGAACUCUCCAAGUAUUGUUAUUCGCCGUUGACGUUAUUCUUGUCGCACGCGGUCGAUUGUCAUGAA